UUUGAGUUGUGGUUAAUUUACCAGGGAAGGAGUGUAACGCAGAAUGCACUGAACUUGAGAGGAAGAGCUUUUUUUAGAACUCAGGACUUCCUUCAUUAAGAGGGAGCUGCUCGGAGAGUUUCACAAGUUUUGCACUUGUUUCUGAACUAUUUCUGUAGGAGGGUUACCAUUCUGCAUGGAGGGUAAUGGAAGGCCUUCUGUGGGGCAAGUCAUACUCUUGGCUGCAAGUUCAACAGUUACUGCUGUACUGUACAUGAUUUACAAGAGAAAGUCUGCACUGGUUAGUGGAUUAAAAGAUGCUAAAAAGAUAUCCAUUGAUGCAGACUUGAAGAAGGUUCUUAUGGAGACCCCUGGGAAAUGUGUUCCCUAUGCAGUCAUUGAAGGUGUGGUGAAGUCAGUGAAGGAAACUCUGAACAGCCAAUUUGUAGACAACUGCAAAGGAGUAAUACAGAGACUGACUUUGCAAGAACACAAAAUGGUUUGGAAUCGAACAACACACCUUUGGAGUGACCAUGAGAAGAUCAUUCAUCAGAGAACAAACACAGUCCCAUUUGAUCUGGUAUCGGACAAUGUAGACGUUUGUGUGCGAGUGGUCAAACCACUUGAUGCUACAGAACUGGACCUUGAGACAGUAUAUGAAAAAUACCACCCAGCAGUGCAGUCACUGGCCAAUGUUCUUAGCCAUUACAUCAGCGGCGAGCAACCUAAAGGAAUCAAGGAGACAGAAGAAAUGUUAAAAGUGGGGGCAGCAGUAACUGGUGUUGGUGAGCUGGUAUUAGAUAACAACAUCAUUAAACUACAGCCUCCCAAACAGGGGAUGGCCUACUAUCUGAGCAAACUUGAUUUUGAAUCACUAAUUCAGAAGCAAGACUCCACUGUGAAACGGUGGAAAGUACUGACCAUUGUUUUCAGUGCUAUUACUUUUGUUACCAUUUUUUUCAUUCUGAGAAGACAGUAUAGGUUCUUUAAAGAAAAACAAAUGCUAAAGAGAAUGCAGGACGAGAUAAGGGAGCGAAACGCACAUCUUUUCCAGGGAGCAGAUGGGCAUGAAAGGGAUGCAGCACUGAAUAUCUGUGGCAUCUGUUUAACUAACAGCAGGUCUUGUGUAUUUUUGGAAUGUGGGCAUGUUUGCUCUUGUGAUGAUUGUUAUAAUGCUCUGCCACUACCUAAGAAAUGCCCAAUCUGUAGAAUGUAUAUUUCAAGAGUAGUUCCUCUGUAUAACAGUUAAGAGUCCUAUGAUGGAUACCUGGCAAUCAUGGUAGCCAGAAGUUUGCUUGUUAAUUAAUUGUAAUUUUCUGCCAGUAGGAUGGCAUUUUGUCAUUUCAGGUGUUGAAUAAUUGCUUUUCUGCAGGGUUAAAUGAGAUGUAUCCUCUUGUAUCCCUUUGUACCCGUUAAUUUUGUGUGACAAGGGCCUAACUGAAAUUUAAAUUUUCCUCUGUGUUUCAUGCCAAAGACAUCUCUACCAUUUUGAACACAUUAUCAGUGACAGCAGAAGUACACAUGGUUAUUUCAAAACAUCUUUUUAUCAUGCCUUUUGAGUGAUGGAGGUGCUUGCAGUAUUAAUGCCUUAUGUAUACAAGGGUUUUUAACUAAUUUUAAAGAAUGUUACAGACUGAUUAUUUUGCCCAACAAUAACAGUUGUUUUUCCUUGUUUUAUUGUACGUUUGUAGCUUAUUUAAGAGUUCUGUAGCUGUUGCCAUCACUUCUAUUGAUUGUAGUAAUUUAUAUCUGAUGCCAACUCUUCUAAGAAUUUCCUAUUUAGAGUCUGCUCUAUUUUUAAGGUAGCAAUUUAUGUAGCGCUGCUUAUUUAUGGAAACAUACACUCAGCUUGCAAGGCCUAUUUAUUCUGUUAUAAUUUUUGCAGUAAGACCUUCUGUUGCCUUAUGUCUUUGAUUAUCUUCUUUCAACUGUCACCCUUUGCCAAGUUUACUGAAUGUUUAAAUGUUUUUCUUUCCCCCUUCAAUCUGCCGAGAUGGCUUUUAUAGCUCUGUUCAGUUUCUCUUAUUGUUUCCUCAGUAUAUCUCAAAAAAGUUGUUUGUUGACAUGUUUUUGCUUAACCUUAGAAGCUCUACAUUCUCUAGUUUCUUUAUCCCCAGUUAGAUUUGAAGUACCAGAUUCUUUAUGUAUCACUUUUCGUCACAGCUCUAGAAAUAAAAGGGCCUGUAAGCAUUCUGUUUUGUUUCAUAAUUAGUAACUAAUCAUCUUAUGGCUGAUUUUAUACUGUUUGUAGCACCUGAAAUGAAAAAGUGAGAAAACAGGAAUAAAUUCAGAACUGACACAAAAAUGCAUCAGGGAAAACUCAGCUGCAUAUAUGUGGCAAAACAUAUAUUUAUAAUAAGUCCAAGAAAGUUGGCCAUGAGAGUUGAUAGCAUUGAGUUUUGUUUGGUACUGUUUUUUUUUUUCCUACUUUAGAGUAGUUAGUAGGCUUUUCAGUCUUUAAGCACUUCUUUCCGUAAAGUGUAAGGGGCAGUAAACUUGAAGGUUUACAGUAAAAUGAAAAUGUGCAAAAGCCUAAAGCUCAAGGAUUUAUGUAUAGAAUUAAAUGAGCUUCACUGUGCCCUAAAUAUUUCUUGUGUAAACAUUGCAAGCUACCACUUGCUCAAAAACUUUGCAGUUGCCCCACGAAAUAGUCAGAUACCCUUAAAUACUGUGCAUUUUGACAGUAUGUACUAGUAUUCUGAUGUUUAUUAGCCCUGAUAAUGUCAUUAUUUCCUUAGAAUUGUAAGUCAAGCUUGUCGUAAGCUGAUGUUUGAAAAUCCAUUUGCUGAAAUUCUCUGCAUUUAGUAGUGCAGUACAACCAGUGAAUGUGUGUAACUUGGGAAAAGGGAUGGGCUCCUCUUGGCGCAUGCAGGGGGCCUGUCUUCUCACAAAUCUAGCACUUAUCUAGGUUAACUUUCAUUCAGAUGCAUUUAAACAGCCAGCGUUGUGUAAAUCACUGUUUUAUAAGUUAUGUUCUAUUCAUUAAAAGUAGUGGCAUGGCUGUUUUUGUUUUCACUCUUAAUUUCUGAAUUCAUGUUUGGCCCACUGUAUAAUUGCUCAGACUGUCUCUUGGUAUGUGGACUUCUUUUAACUAUUACAUUUUACAAUAUUAUCCUGUUCUGUCUCAGCACGUGCAUCUGUGUGUGUACCAGAAAUAUGUUGUCCUUGUUAUCUGAUAUACUUCCUGUUAAAGUCUGCAACAGGUUAUGUGUUCACACUUCUUGUGCACUUGUCUAAACAGUACUGUAUUUUUUAUCCCUACAUGAGUCCUUUAGGAUUUGUUGGUCAGGUAGGAAAAUGCUGAGACUUCCAUAAUUUGCAAUAUAGAUGCUUUAUUUUUACCCCUUCUUGUCAUUGGACCGAUGAGAAAUUGGGACAGAGUUCAGUAUUUUUGUUCAGUGUAUUAAGGCUGGUUUCUUAAGCUAUCUAACUUGAUAAUUCAAUAAAAUAUAUUUAUUUUCUCUA